AUCUGAGAUAUAUCCAGAUUUAUAAAAUAUAAUACAUAGAAUAAACUAUUAUAUUAUAUUAUAUUAUAUUAUUUUAUAUAAUAUCUCAAAUAGUGGCGUUUUCAAAAUAGUUGGAAACACUAUCGGUUAUAGGGGAUAGGCCUUUGUUUAACCUGUAUGUCUUAAAUCGCGGUUAAUGGUUAUUGGUAAAAAAUAAAUAAAUCUUUACAGAUUAUAAAAUAUAUUCUAUAUAAUACGCUGUAUACAGUAUACACUCUACAUUAAAACUACUGUAUAAAUGUUAACUUUUUAAAUCUUAUAACAUAGUUAAUACGUAAUACUAUUUUAAAGAUUUCUUACCAAAUACUCCAAACAAUAUGUCGGAUAAAGCGAUGCUCGUUUUGGGAGAAGCUCCGGAAUCCGAUGAUGAAGAGUUUCAACACGCUGAGAAUUCAAGAAGUGGAAUAGCCGAGAGUGAUCAUGCAGAGUUUGAAGCCGAUUCUAAUUAUCGGACAAGCAAUUCAAUUUUUAUAGAAAAUAGAAAAAGACAAGUGGGAAGAGAAAGUUUUGCUGGCCGCUCUGACAAUUUCAAAAUGUCUGAAGACACUUUAUUGCAUAGAAAAUUAAAAGAGAAAAAUAUGCAGUUUUAUUCAAAUCUGACGACAUUUAACAAGGAAAUGUAUGUAAAUGCUAUGAAUAAAAUGAAUGAAACAAACCAACAGUUGGUCAAAGCUCAAGUAUUACUACAAGAUUCUGUGACUAAUUGGAAGUAUAUUGAACAAAAUUUAUCACACAUCAAACGGAAGUUGAAUGAUAUACUGGCUGAGGAGUAUAUUCCUAAAAUUAUUAUUUAAUGCAUUUUUUUCAGUUAUUACAUGUUAUAAUUGUUAUUCUAUAUUUCUAUACAGAAAAAAAAUGUAUUCUACUAUAUUUUUAUACUAUAAACGAUGAUUUAAAAUAAUUA